AUGCACGCGCUCCUGAGCCCACCACCUACUCCCGCCGAGUCACUGUUGUUCGAACAGCCACCGAGCUAUGAAGCUCGCGUGCGUCUCCUGUUCUGGGGAGCAAAUUGGCACGAUGGCAUGGCACAGGUCGAGGACGUGACGACCAAGUUUGCCAAUGCAGGGCGGGUCAACCAAGUCAGUGCCACAGACAUCCUCGAUAUGGCACCAUCACCGAGCCUUUCUGGCAUGCGCUUCCGAUACAAUUCGUCAACAUCGGAUAGGGAAAUGGCGAGCUGGGGCGACGACCCCUAUGGACAGAAAGCGUCCCGAAAACGCUUCAACCAGCAAAUUGCCCUCCAGCUCCCUAUCUCUCUUCACCGCCUACCUUCUGAAAUCGAUGCUGCGCGACGAUGGCACGACAUUGCUCUCGACAAACAUGGUCGUGUGUGGGAACGAGGCUUGGCUGAGGGCGAGCACUGGGCACAACACACGGACCGGCUCCUUGCAAACGUCGUGCAUGUCGUGGGCACGAAAUCGCGGGCAGCUGUGACCGCAACGGGGCGCAUUGUUGCGUGGCGUAUCCACGACGCGAACGAGCCUGUGUCUAUCCUACCGCGCCUACCGCAACGCAGUAUGCCACGCCCCGAGCGCACGAAUUGGAUUGAAUGGUACCCGACCCAGGGCAAGGCUGACCCCGCCGACGACCGCACCCUCAAGCUUGUGUGUGGCCGUUGCUUUGUCGUUGCGAUGCGUGACAACGGAGAAAUCUGGCUCGCAACCCGGCAGAACCGCCAUGAAUGGCACUGGCACUCUGUUGCGCGCGUGUUGCACCCAACGCAAGUCGAGCUCACAGCUGCCGACCACAGCUUUGCGAUCUACCGCACCGCCUCCGACUCGGCGGCAGGUACACCGACGCCCACUGCUUGGGUUGUGCUGGCCAGCCGGAGCGGGAACAGUACGGCGUGGAGCGUGUCGUCGCUUGACAUCCCGCCUGUUGCCCAGCUGAGCCUGCACGAUGCGCAGGGCAUGAACCACGGUGUGGCGCGUACACGUUCAGAAGUGUUUGUGUGGCGCACCCGCCGUGACACAGGCCAGGUAUCUGCCAAGCGGCUCGAAAUGCCGUUCAUCGGGCGUGGACUGCGCCUCAUGCCCGUCGAGGUAUGUGCGGCCGGCUGUCUGGCCGUCGAGGUGGCCGACGACAGUAUCGACGAGCCGGUGCUCCUGGGUCUGCGCAGGUUCUUCUCGCCAGGCUCGGGCGGGCGUAAGGGAAGGGGACGCGUGUGGUGA